UAGGGAUGCAUUUUCAAGAAAACCUUUGAAAUAUUCUUGAAAAAUUGUUAAUUGAUAUGUUUCCUUCACAAUCACAAGACGAUCCGAUCUUUGAGGACCCUUCAAUAUUCCAAGAAGAUAUAGUAAACCUAGAAGAAUAUCUGAUUGCAGAUCAUCAAGAUUCUUCAGUGCUGACCAGAAACCGUAGUCAUGCUAAUCCUAAAGAUACAAAAAAGCGGCAAAUAAAACCAUCUUCAGAUGAUGAAGAAAACGAGGAAGGGGUUAGUGCUGAAAACAAGGGCAAGAAAAUUCCGCAUAGAGAAUUUGAGAGGCAAAGAAGGAAACAAAUGGCAAAGCUUUAUGCUUCGCUUCGAUCCCUUCUUCCUCUUGAAUAUAUCAAGGGGAAGCGUGCUGUAUGUGAUCACAUGAACGAAGCUUUGAAUUACAUAAAAGACAUGCGGAAGAAUAUUCAAGAACUGAGCUUGUGUAGAGACAAGCUAAAAAAAUUGUAUACUUCAGGCUCAAACAGUAAUUUAAUGCCUAAUAGUGUGACAGUGAGUCCUUGCCAAGAUGGUGUCGAGGUUUUGAUAAGAACUAGCUCAAUAGAGGGAGGGUUUCCUCUGUCAAGAGUUCUUGGGGAAUUGAUUAGGACAAAUCUCAAUGUUGUAAGCUGUGUUUCUACAAAAACAAAUGAUCAAAGGUUCCUCCACAGAAUUCAGUUUGAGUUUAAGCUUGGUUUAACUCCAUAUUCGAGGAGGCAAAUGUCACAUGGCCACUUUUUAUGAUAAAUUGUGCACAUAUUAGCCUUUGAAAAACAGAAUUUGACCUAUAUAAGAGGAGGCACGUUGAC